GGGUGGGGGCGGGGGGGGGGGGGGUAGAACAUGCUUCACUGCUGCAGCGACUGAGGCUGAGGUCACAAUCUGGAGUGACUCGACCAGUUAAGGGAAGCCAAGAUCUUAGAACUUGGCCAGCUUUUGCCAUAAGCAACGGUCAGGCCAGUAGCCAGACAGCAAAAGUAGGUUCUCCAUCCUAAGAGCUAAGCUGCUGCUUCACGUUCAGGAUCUUUCAAAAAGAUAAUGGCCAAACUGUUGCAAGCUCCACCCAAGUUCCUCCCCCCAGAGUGGCAUAUUGCAAACAAGACACAGUAUGCCAGUGCAGAGAGUCAGAGAUCCAGGUCAGAGCGACUUGUAGCUGAGAGCCAGAGGCUGGUGGAUGAAAUCGAAAAAACAACUCAGAAAACCCAAAGCGAUGUUAACAAGAAAAUAGAACAGAGACUUGAUGAAAUAAAAUUCUGGAAGCAAGAAUUAGAUGACAAACUAGAACAGGUUUUUAAUGAGACAGAGGUGCUGUUGACUUUUAAGACAAGGCUAGAGAAAGCAUUGGAGAGCUGUAAAGAGCCACUAUUCAUUGCUCAAGAGUGUCUCUUGAACAGGCAAAGGCGAGUUGGGAUUGACUUGGUCCAUGACGAAGUGGAGCGGGAACUGAUAAAGGAAGUUGAAGUGCUCCAAGGGAUUAUGGCUUUGCUAGAGCGCACACUGGAACAAACCAAUGAGCAAAUUAGGUUAAACCGUUCAGCUAAAUACAAUCUGGAGAUGGAUCUGAAAGACAAGUUCACCGCCUUGACAAUUGAUAACUAUUGUUCCAACUUGACAAAUAAUACACCUGAUAUAAGAUAUGCCAGAAAUGUACUGAAGGUUGAAGGAAAUUCUGUGAGCCCUGAAGACUGGGUAGAUUUCUCGAAUGUAAAUGUUGAAAAGGCUGACAAGCAGAGGAACAACUCUUUGAUGCUCAGGGCCUUGAUUGACCGAAUCUUAUCCCAGACAGCAAGUGACAUGCGCAAGCAGUGCGAGACGGUGAACAUUGCUUUUAAGAACAGGGUGAAGGAGACAAAAGAUGCAAAGAACAAACUGGAGAUCCACCUUGCUAAGGUGAUGGAUGAGAUUACAUCCCAGGAAAAAAACAUUGCGGCCUUAAAGAAAGCUAUAAUCGAUAAAGAAGGACCUGCCAAGGUUGCUCACACACGUUUGGAGACAAGGACCCAUCGUCCCAACGUGGAGCUGUGUCGUGAUAUGGUCCAAUACAGGCUGAUCAGUGAGGUUCAGGAGAUCACAAACAAUAUUCAGAGACUAAAGGACACAUUGGCACAAGCUGAGGUGGAGCUGAAAGGUCUGAGCCGUCGACAGCUUUCACUGGAGGAGGAGAUCCAGGUCAAGGAGAACACACUGUACAUCGACGAAGUGCUGUGCAUGCAGAUGAGGGAGUCCAUUUCCAUUAACAACUUCUGAAGCCCUGGUGUCGGAUACAGCAUUCUCCCACACUGGGCCAGAUUCUACUGGGAAAUACACCAGGGCAAAGACAGAGUAACCCCACUGAACAUUAACCUAGCGCCUCUGUGUUUACACAAGUGUGACUCAGAGCAGAACCUGGCCUAGGUGUGUGAAUUAAUUAAAACAGACCUAAAUGCCUCCUCCACAGCUGCCUGUGUCCCAGAAAGUCUAUUGGAAGCUUUCCAGUAGACAUUAAAGUUAUGGAACAACAAGAAAAAAUCCUUCAUUCCAGCCACUUAGCAUAUCUUGGGUGCUGUCAGUGUCACUGUUUUUCAUUAACAGAUUUUUUUAACUACAUAAGCUAGAACAGAUAUUCCUACACAAAGUCACUGGUUAUGUUAGACAGACAGGAAGCCAGCAAUCGUGCUAGUUAGGGCCCUAGGAAUCUUGUGUACACCUGUCCACUGACAACUGGAUGGAGAAUGUACUUCAACCAAACGUAAGAUAACUGCUGGCAGAAGCAGUGUUGGCUAAUGGAUAGGGCACUAGACUAGGACUCAGGAGACCUCCCUUCUAUUUCUGGUUCUGUCAAUGGCCUGAUGGGUGACCUUGGGUUAGUCACAUCCCCACUCUGGGCCUCAGUUUCAUCACCUCUAAAAUGGGAAUAACGAUCUCCUUUGUAAAGCACACUGAGCUCUACUGAUUAAAAGCAUUAUAUAAAAGCUAGGUAUUAUUGUAAAUGUGACUGUCCUGGCAGAAUAAUAUUCUCUUCUUCCUUCGGUGCCAUUGCAAAGACAAGACAAAAUAACAAAGAUGAGACACU